AUGAGUGAAGAAUUAUAGGCAAUGAAAUAAUUAUUGUCUUAAUUGGAAAAGCUAAAGACAGUUAAAAGUGAAUAGCAAUAUGAGCCAAUUCUGCAAGCUUUAUAAAGAGUUGAGUAAUAUAUGGAAGAGACUUUGACAGCGGAUGGUCGAUAAUAUUUGCCAGAAUUGGUAAAUAUAUGUGUGAAUUUGAUAAUAAAUCAUAAAGCAUACCCAGAAAGAGUAAUUUAGAAUUUGGAAGCAUUUAUAAAAUGUGUAUUGAAAUAUAUCUGUAAUAAUAUAUAAGAGGAGAAGGUAAGUUAAAUGUUUCGAACAAUAAUGGAUCCAUCUCGUAUGAUUUAUGAGCAUAAUGCACAUCGUACUGAAUGGCAUGAUCAAGUAAUGAAUUGCAUAAAGUUAGUUCAUAAAAUAUUCAUAUUCGCUCAAUCCUCAAUAUAAAUAAUUUAUAGACCAAAUUUAAGUAGGGACUUAUGUAGAUUGUAUGCGUUUUUGUCGUAGUACAGGGAGGUAGAAUUGGUCUAGAGGAGUAGUGGAAGAACUUAAUGAAGAUAAUAUAAAGGUGAGAUAUCUAAAUGAAUAAUCUGUCACACAUAUAUACAAUAUUAGAAGUGGUAAUAUUAUGCCAUAUAGAACUCGUUCUUAAAAGCUAGAUUAAAUGUUUAAUUUUUAAGUAGGUUAAUUAAUAUUAGCAACUUAAUCAGAUAAAUGGGUAUUGAGUACAAUUUAGGAACGUUUCGAAGAGAAUGAUGUCGAGCCAAUUCUUAAAUAUAAUGUGGCAUUUCGUUUUUAUACAGAAGAAGGAACAACUGUAGAUGAUGCAUCAUAGAUGAGAUAUAUUGGUUAUAAUAAAUAUCAUGAUGAAUCAAUUACAGCUUGUCAUCCACGUUUGGCUAUUUGUGGAGAUCACAUAUUAAGAAGAUUUAAUUCUAUAGAAUAAUAUAUAGAUGAUAGUUAUGAUAUUCUAUAUGAAUAAGAUUAUUAGGAAGAAAAGUUUUAUGCUAUUUUAAGACCUAAAUAAUCUAAGAGUUUUCUUUUAAUUUCAUUUAUUAAUCAUUUUGGUUACUUAGAAGGAUUUGAUAAAAUAUUAAACAUAUAAUCUGUUGAUAUACUAGCUAAUUAUAUGUCUGCUAUUGGUAAUAUACAUGCUUAAUUAUUCAGAUCUUUCUGUUAAGAAUAUGUACCUAAAUUAUAAGGAUUGAGAUAAACUUUACUUCAUUCUGAUGAGUAAACUCUAAGAAAUAUGGGAAGAGAAAAAAUGAAUUUAAUCAUUCAAGCUUUUAAAUAUUUAUUGGAUAGAAUUAUGAAUGAAGAUCAAAGGAGAGAAUGGCUUUAAAAGUUAAGUCUUGAAUUUGUUUAAGUUUGCUUUAAUUGCAAUUUCUUAGAUAAAAAAAUCAUGGGCUUAAAAUUAUUAACUGAUAUGUUAAAGUAAGCCAGUUGUGAUAAAUGUCCAUAAACUAUAUUAUAAUGGAUUGAAACUGAAAAUAUUAUGGAAACAUUAUUUCAUCACAAUACUCAUCUUCAAUUACUUGAGAGAACUAAAGAAUUAAUCAGACUCUAUUUAAAUAUUGAUUAUGCCUUCACAUCUAAACAUAUGUAAAUGAUUUGGGAUCUUAUGCAAUAAAAUGAUAAUGAAUUAAGACCCAUCAUUUUUAAAUUAAUUAAUGAAAUUGCUUUCUAGAUGAGAGAUUAUCAUGUUUCUUAUUUUUUAGAGUAAAUCAAAUAGUUAAAAGAAGAUUAAAUUUUAAUUGAGCACGUUUAAUUAUUAUUUGAAAUGAACAGAUAUUAAAUUAAAAAUUAAGAGUUGAUAUGUUUGACUAUAGACACUUUAUGGAGAAUUAUUGAAUAUGCUGGUUAAUCCUCUAAAUAAACUCUAGAAGAUAAAUCAAGAUUAUAUCUUUGUGAUUUAAUUAAGAAUUUAGAAAUUAAAGAAAUCAAAGUAUAAAUGGUAUAAAAGUUAAUUAAUAAUAUUUAAUUAAUGAAAGUAGAGAGUUCAUCAAUCAAAAUACUAUCUCAUUUAAUAUGCUCAUUUCCAUAAAAAUAAUUAUCAUAACCAUAAUAAUAAUAAUCAGAAAACAAUGCAGAAUCAUAAGUGAUGAUGUAUCCUUUUGUGUAGAAUAAUCCUCAAAAUAUGCUUACUUAAAAAAUUAAAGAAGAAAUUGAACAAAGUUCUAAUAAUGAAAUUAAAACAUAAGAAAUAACAUAAGAUGAAUUCGUAAAAGAAUUAAUAUUAUAAUCAAAUAUAAAUCACAUUUUAAGAUAAAAUAUUGAAAACCUUCGUAUUUAAAAUAAAAGUAUCAAUGCAGACAAUCUCUAAGAAUCUGCUCGUUAUAUGAAUAAAUUAUAAGAAAGAAUCUUAUUAAUUAAAACUCUAAUUAAAAUUAAUGGGACUGCUGCAAAUAUAAUAGAUUAAUAAUUCUUAGAUUUGAUUUGGAAUGAAAUAAUAUUGAGACCUAUUUGUAAAUAAGAAUGUGAUAUGGCUAGCAAUUGGUUAAGAGAUUUAGUGGAGAAAGAUGAAUAAUUUAGUUAAACUGAAUUAGAUGCAUUUUUUAGAAGAUUAUUAAAUUCAGAUUCACAUUUGAGUGAGAGUGCAUUUAAUUGUUUUUAAGCCAUAUUGUAUUAUGUUAAUUAGAAAGAAUAUCGAUUGCAUAGAUAAUAAUUCAGUUUGAAUUAAAAUUGUGAUCAAUAUGGAAAUGUGAUAAGCAUAACCAAUACAAAUGUGAAUGAAAAUGAUUAACAAUUAUAAUUAAAUAUAUUAGUGGAUGUAAAUAAGAUAAUAGGAAUAGAAUAUUUGUGGCAUAUAGUGUUUAAUUCUUAAUUAGAUAAGGCAGUUUAAUUAUUGGUGAAACUGAAUUUAUCAUAAUAAGAAUAAUUCAUUGAGAAGAUUUUAGAUAAAAUGGAUUGUAAAGAUGAAUAUACAAUUUUGAAAUGUUUGGAAGUAUUGAAAAAUUUAUUGAAUGAGACUGAGACAAAAGGAGUAGGAUCAUUGCUUUCAUUGGAUGGAUUAAUAAAAGGAGAUGCAUUUAGUAUAAAUAUAAUAAAUGAAAUGGGUGAUGGAGCAUCAAAUAAUAGAAUAACAAUAAAAGUUUAUUCAAGAAUGACAAUGUUUGAAUUGCGAAGAUUGAUAGCAAAAGAAUUAUAAACAAAUUGGGAAUAAAUAAAAUUAGUAAGAAAUGGAGUAACAGUUUUAGAUACAGAUAAUGGCAAGACACUUAAAUAGAUGAAUAUAAGAAAGAGUGAAAUUAUAAAUGUUUAUAGAAGAAAAACAAAACCUAUUCCAUAAUUACCUUUAGUUGAGGAUAAUAAAUUAACACCAAAAUUCAUUUAAGUUUUACAUAAAUUAUUUGAAUUAUAUUCAACAGAUGGUAAGAUGAAUUCUGAAUAAUUAUCUAAUUUUGGAGUUAAGGCUGCAAAUGAUGAGAGUUUUAAGUAAGGAAAGAAAAUUAAAGAAGUUUUAGAUACUUAUGGAGAAUAGAAAGGUUAUUUAUCAGUGGAAAAUUUCAUUUCUUUUUAUGAAGAUUGUUGCAUACAAUAAAAGAUUACACCUAUAGUAUGGAAGAAUUUACAUUCAUUUGGUUACAAAAAUGAUUUGACUUUAGUUGAAAAUGAUGAAGUUGAUUUAAAUGAAUAAGAAUUGCCUCGUUAUUAAUUAGCUCAUAAUCAAAGAUUUUAUAAAUUAAUGUUUAAUUUUAUUAAUCAAAGUGAUCUUGUUGCUUAAGAAUGCUGGAAAUUAUUAUGUUCAUUGCCUGUUUUUGAAGCAGCUAAAUAACGAAUUCUUAAUUUUGAAGAUUUUACAAAAGAUAGAUCAUAUGAAUUAAUCUAUUCAAUCAAAAUUAUUGAACAUCUUCUUUGUACUUAAGAAUAUUGUAGGAAUUUUGUUUAAUAUGGAGGAUUUAAAUAAUUACAGUAUGUUUUAAAUAAUUUGGAAUCAGAAAAUAAUAAAAUAGUAAAAUUAGUAUAAUGUUUGAUUUUGAAUAUUCUUAGUAGACAUAUUGCUGCAUAAUUUUAACCUACAUUCAAUAAUAUAUAUUAAAUAUAAUAACAUGUAAAGUAACCAAUUUAAGCAAAUUUUGAUAUUAUUGCAUAAUUAAUUGAUGGGACAUAUCCAUCGCAAUCUGACAACAAACCGUUAUUAAGAGUGAAGGAAACUGAAGAGUUUUUAGAAUUAGUUAAAUUUAUGAAUGGAUUAGAUAUAUAAAUAGAUUAUGUUGAUUUGUUAAGAUACGUUAUUAACAUGUAAUUAGAUAUCACUGAGGAUAGAUUUAUAAUUGAAUAUGUCUUAAUCUUGAUUACCACAAUAGUUGGAUAUAAUUUAGGAAAUUGUUUAAAUUAUUUUGUUUCUUUAAUAUUAUCAAUUAAAUAACGUUAUGAGUAAUUACUAUAUGCACCUAAAUAAUUAUUAAUAAGGAAAUUUGCAGGUAAUUCUUUGUUUUUAAUAUUCAAAUGUUAAAAUCAAUUGGGAAGUUCUCUUAUAAAUAUGUUAAUUGAAUUAUUCCCAAAAAAUGAAAAUAAAGAUUCAUCAUCCUUUUUUGAUUUAUUGGCUAAGAUGAUUUAAGAAUCCAAAUAUAGUGAUAGAGUAUUUGCAUAAAAUAUCAUAACGUAAUUAAAAGAAUAUGAACCUACAGAAUCUAGAAUUGGAUUAACAUCAGAUAAGACUCUUACAGGUUUAUUAUCAAUAUUGGAAAGCUUGAGUAUAGUAGAUCAAAGCAUAUUAACUUAAUAAUUGAUUAUGUACUUAUAUUAAGUUCAUUUGUUUUGUUUUCAUUUGAAUACAUUUUAAAUUACACCUUAAAAAUAACACACUCCAGAGUAUGUGAAGAGUAAAUCUCCAGAAAGUAGAAAAAUAGUUUAUAGAAUAAUCAUAUUAUAUCUAAAAUAGAACUAUUAUCCAGAGAUUUUAGAUUUGAAUACAAUUAUUUAUUAAAUAAUGAUUUUUAAUGGAUUUGAUAUCAAAUUUAAUCCUAAGACUUAUCAUGGAUUUGUAGGAAUUCGAAAUUUGGGAUGUAUAUGCUAUAUGAAUGCUAUGAUGUAGUAAUUUUUUAUGACACCUGAAUUCAGAUAUUGUAUGUUAAGGGCUGAAGAUGGUGUUGAAGUAAAAGUAGUUCAAUACAAAGAUAAUUAUGGUUUAGAACAUUAAAUAGAUGAUAAUUCAAUUCAUCAAUUCUAAAAAUUACUAGCUUAUUUAGAAUUAAGUGAAAGACCUGAUUUCAAUCCAUAAUACUUUUGCUAUUCAUUUAAAGAUUAUGAUAAUCAACCAGUUAAUGUGUCUUUAUAAUAGGAUGCUUAGGAAUUUUUAAAUCAAUUUUUCGAUAGAUUAGAUAAUUAAUUAAAAAAUAAGGGCUGGUAAUAAUUUAUUGAAUCUAUAUAUGGUGGUUAAGCAUGUAGUCAAAUGAUAUGCAAUGGUUGCAAAAAUAUGAGAGAAAAAUUUGAUUUAUUUUAUACUCUUUCAGUAAAAGUAAAAGGAGUUAAAUCAAUCCAUGAAUCUUUUGAAAGUAUGAUUAAUGGAGAAGUAAUUAAAGAUUAUUAUUGUGAAUAAUGUAAAUAGAAGAAUGAUCUUAUUAAACGUUAAUGUUUACAAACAUUACCUAAUGUAUUAAUAGUACAUAUACAAAGAAUAGUUUUUAAUUUAGAUAUAUUUAUGAAUGAAAAAUUAAGUACACGUUUAGAAUUUCCACAUAAUCUAAACUUAUUAAAUUACACAAGAGAAGGUUUACUUAAUUUAGAUAUUAAAUAAUAAUCAUAUUAUUAAUAUAAAUUAAAAGGUGUAGUUGUUCACAAAGGAACAGCUUAAUAUGGUCAUUAUUAUAGUUUAAUUAAUACUAAGGAUGAGAAAUGGUUGAAAUUUAAUGAUUCAGUAAUUGAAGAUUUUGAUGUAAAAAGAUUGCCUCAUGAGUGUUAUGGUGGUAAAGAUACAGAAGAUGCUUAAGAUUUUCAAGAAUCUGGAAGUAGUACAAAUGCUUACAUUUUAGUUUAUGAAAGAAUCCAAAAAGAAUAGGUGGAAUUAAAGUUCUCAAAUAUUUAGUAAAAAUAAGAGAUAAUGUCAAAAUUUGAUAGAGUAAUGUAAGAAGAAAAUAAUGAAGAGUUGUCUUAUUAGCUUGAUUAUAAGACUAUGACUCAAUAAUAUAUACCGGAUUCUCUAUAUCAAGAAAUUUGGCAUGAUAAUCAUAGAUUUAUGAUGGAAAGACAUAUAUACAGUGAUGAAUUCUUUAGAUUUGUAAAAGAAGUAGGAGAAGCUUUCCCAUUUCCAUAAGAUUAUAUAUUAAUUACAAAUCCAGAAUAAGUACCAUAAUAUUUUGGAAUUUACAAUAAUUAUUAAUAAAUAUAAGGAGUCGAAAGGAUUCAAUGUUUAUUGUAAAAUUUAACAUAUAUAGCUAUUGAAUUGAUAUCUAGAUCAUCUGAUCAUUCAACUAUUAAAGGCUAUGUACUUAUAAUCAUGAAUUUAAUUAAUAUCAUACCUACAUUUGCUUUUUCUAUAUUUCAAAAUAUGAUUGUUAAUAGAUAAAUAAGAGUAUUCAAUGUAUUGUUAUGUGCACCAGAUUAUUCAAUAAGAUAAGCUAUUUAACAAAUUCUCUUGCAUUAUAUUAAUGUUAUAACUUAUAUUCAUGCUCUUACAUUAAAUACUGAUUUAUUAGAUGUUCAAUAGCCUGAAAAUACUAGUCUCUAUUAUGAUCAAAUAGUCAUUAAAUUUUUAUUAGAUAUGAUUUAAAAACUUCAAAAUGAUGUUGCCAAAAAUCCUACUAAAUUUAUUUAUUAUUUUACUUUUUGGAAAGAUUUUGUAAAAUCAUCAGUUACAAAUGUCAAAUUUGCUAAUUAAAUUGAAUUAGUAUCCAUUUUUGCAGAUUUCUUUAUGGAAAAGCAAUCUCCUUAAGGAUUACAAAAAACUAAAUUUUAUGAAUUCAUUUUAGAGAAAAAAAUAACUAUGGCUAGUAAGAUGGUAGUUCCAUUCUAUUCUUAACUUUUCCAAUGUAUAUAAUACUUACUAUAAAAUCAAAAUUAUGAGCUUUCAAAAAAUGAUACAAUAUGUCUCCAAGCUUAAAUCUUCUACAAAAGAGCUUUGACAGAAUGUUAAGAUUUCGAAGCAAUAAAGUAGAUCAUUUAGAGAAUGGUAUUUGCUAAUGAACCUCUAUCUAGAUCUAUAAUUGAAGUUUUAUUAGAAGAAAUCAAUAAAGCAAAUUAUGAAAAUGUGGGUUAGUUUUUAGGUUUAGCUUACAAUCUCCUUAACAUAUAUGAUACUUAUCAAUAAGAACGUAUUGAAUGGUUGCUUGGUUUCCCAGAGCCUAAUUAUAAUGACAAAUACACAACGGGUUGUUAAACUAAUUUAGGUUAUCCUAGCAUACUUUAUUAAUCUCACAUAGGGUCUUAAAAUGAAAACAUUUCCAUUCUUAAUUUAUUAUUUGAGAAUUAAAAAAGAUUUUAAAAUGUUGCAAUUUAAAUGAUGAAGAUGGUAAUAGCUGCUGCAAAUGUUAAUAAACAAGUAUUUUCUUAUUUGGUUAAUUUACCACCCCCAUGUUAUUUGUAUUCAAAAUAUACCGAUUGGUUUGAGGGAUUUCUAAAUGAAUUCUUAGAUGAUUGUAAAAAAUACCCUGUUGUAGCAACAAAUAUAUUUUUUAAUAAAUAAAAAGAAGUUGAAGAAACUUUAUAAUUUUGGCAAUAAUUUAAAACUAAUUACUCCUAAGUAACAGAAAUUGGAUUAUUUGAUCCUAUUUAACCCAUAUAUAUCUUAGGUAAUACUAUAUAAACAGAACUUGUUUCAAGUGUUGUUUAGGUAAAUGGAGUCAUUUUAGAAUGUUAUGAAUCUACAGUCUAUUUUACUGAAUCCAAACCUACAAUGAUCAGUAAUAAUGUUUUCCCAAUCUCAAUAUUGUAUGAUAAUAUUUACUUGUAAACUCUAAAAGUAGAUCCCUCUUCAAAUAUUCACAACAUUAUUUAAAAGUAAGGAUCUUUGACUAUUCCAAAACCUCCUCCACUUCCAAAAAAGAAGGAUGUAAUUGAUGGAAUUGAUUUUGGUACUUGUAUUAAUACUUCCAUUAAACAAAAAAAAUAAGAAUGCAUGAUGCUAAUAUCACAGUUUUAAAUGGAAUUAGAGAAUAACAAAGAAUCAAAUAAAUAGCAAGAUCUAGAUUUAAACAAAUUACUUGAUACAGAUUCAAACAAACAACCUGAUACAGAUUCAAACAAAUAAUCUGAAGUUAAUAACACUAUUCCUAUUAUGUAAUUAAAGAUGAUAUAAUUAUUAUAGCUAAUUUGGAGAGACUACCUAAUAACUAAUAUAAUGUGAUAUCGAUCUUUAAAUUGCUCCAAUGUUGAAAAGAUUCAUGCUCAAUAAUACAACUAAUCAGACUUUACAUAUAGCUUAUUAAAUUACUCUUGAUCCAGAUAUCAUGGCCAAUUUUAAGUGAUUAAUUAUUAUUAAUUUUUAGACAUCCAGCUAAAAUAUGUAAAGUUGUUCCUCCAAACACUACUGUUUACUUAACCACAAUUAUGAAGACCAUUCCUUCAAUGGAUUGGGGAUUGUUCAUUGAAACAAUGGAUAUUAAUUUUAAUGAGUAAAAUAAUUCUGCUACUUAAUAAACUAAAAAACAGUAAACAUUCUAAUCAUUUUAGAGUGAGAAUAGAUGAAGAAGUUUAAGUCUUUAUGCCAAAUCUUAAACCUGAAAUAGGUCCAAAAAUUGAUGAUCAAAUGUAAUGUCCAGUUUGUACAUACUUACAAUCAAAUUCAAACCACUUUUGUGAAAUGUGUACUUUUGAAUUUAAGUGA